AUGUCAUCCACAACUCCCAACAAAAUUCUACAACCUCUUCUGGUCACUGUUGUCAUUCUGGGGUGUUUUAUGACCAUCUUUUUUACGUAUUUUAAGCCGUCCAACUACUACUGGUUAAAUGGUCAGUCAACAGUUUCACCACAUCAAGUCAAAAGCUCCAUCUCCACAACAAAAAAUGAAAGUGUGAUCACUGUACUGGUCUGGCUUUGGCCCUUUGGAGCCAGGUUUGCGUUGGAUGUCUGUAGCUCCAAGUACAACACUGAAGGCUGCUUCAUCACAGCAGACAGAAACCUCUAUAAAAAAUCAGACGCAGUUGUUUUUCAUCACAGAGACAUCCAUGGAGACUUGUCCAACUUGCCGUCUCAGCAACGACCAUCGUUCCAGAAGUGGAUCUGGUUGAACUUAGAGUCGCCCACACAUUCGCCACUGCUGCCUGGGCUCAACACCUUGUUCAACCUGACUCUCAAUUACCGUCAGGAUUCUGACAUUAAAGCAACUUAUGGGCUCAUUGUACCAGCAGAAACUGAGGAAGACUUUGUUCCACCUAAAAAAGACAAACUGGUCUGCUGGAUUGUAAGCAACUGGAGCCCCAAUCAUGCACGGAUUAAAUAUUACAAUGAGCUUAAAAAUCAUAUUCAGAUCCAGUUAUAUGGACGAGCAUUUAGGAGGUACCUUUCCAAUGAAGACUACGCACCCAUUGUGAGCAGCUGUAAAUUCUAUUUGUCUUUUGAGAACUCUAUACAUGUAGACUACAUUACUGAAAAGUUUUACAAGCCCCUGUCUUUGGGCACGGUACCAGUGGCUCUUGGCACUACCAGGCAAAACUACGAAAACUUCAUUCAAGGAGAUGCCUUCAUUCAUGUGGAUGACUUCUCUUCCCCUAAGGAGCUGGCAGAGUAUCUGCUGUUUAUGGACAAGACUCAGGACAUGUACUUGAGAUUCUUUAAGUGGAGGCGACACUUUAAAUCAUAUCCGUACGAUUCCUGGGCAGAGCGGAUGUGCCAUGUUUGUGUUUAUUUGAAAUUGCACAAGGAGUACAAGUCAAUCAAUAACUUAAACAAGUGGUACUGGGGCUGA